AUGCGUUUGUUUGUCCGCAACUCGACUGCGGGCCCUGUCACUACCACAGAAAUCAAACCACUGUGUAAGCAUAAGAUCGGUGGUAGAAACCUCAUCGUUUGCAUCGACGGUACCGCAAAUCAGUUCGGAGACAAGAACACAAAUGUUAUCGAAUUGUAUCAUCGCAUUUUAAAGGAGGUCAAGGACAACCAGAAAACUUGGUACAACAGUGGUAUCGGGACGUACGCCCGGCCAUCUUGGAAAUCGUUCAAAUUCUACCGACAGGUCCUUUCUCAUAAGAUCGAUUUGGCGAUCGCAUGGAAUUUUGAACGGACAGUCUUGGGUGCAUAUCGCUGGUUGUCAGACAAUUAUGAGCCUGGGGAUUGUAUAUUUCUUUUCGGUGCAUUAGAACAAUAUGUGAUUUGUUUGUCUGUCGAUGCUGAGGGAUCUACAGGGUUUUCUCGUGGUGCAUUCCAAGUCCGCGUACUCUCGGCAAUGAUUGACAAGGUCGGCCUGAUCCAUAAGGGAAAUGAGAUGCAGAUCCCAUUUGCAUACGAGCUAUAUGCAGACCCGAAAAGUGAUGAUGAGGAAUUAAGUCCAGUGACUCAAGCUGGAUCGCCUCCGGAGAAGAAGCUCAAGAGCAGCGCUGCCGAGCGUUUCAAGCGGACCUUCUCAAACAAAGUACGGGUGCAUUUCGUUGGUGCCUGGGAUACCGUCUCGUCCAUUGGGAUUGCACGCGAAAAGAAGAUGCUCCUUGGGACGGUCGACAGGAUGAAACAUGUCUGCUUCUUCCGCCAUGCACUGGCGCUCGACGAGCGACGGGUCAAGUUCUUGCCCGAGUACGCUUAUGGAGGUUCGGUCACUGGCGAAACUACCCAAUAUAUAUCCCCAAGUGACGGGGUGGACCACUCGAAGGGCAUGGACAAGGUGCAUCCACAAACCUUGGAAGUCUGGUUUGCGGGCACACACUCGGAUAUCCAGACGUGA